AAAUGACGUUGACAAGUGGCAUGUACCGCUGAUCCAGGUUGAUUGAAAUUUAUUUAAAAUAAUUAUUUAAAAACAAAAAUGAUUAAUAAAGAAAUAAUUGAUGGUAUAGAAAUUCCAAUAACUGAAGAAAAUUUACCAGAAAUAUGCAGAAAACUCGACGAAGCUGAGAUCCGUAUUAAUAAGGAAUUAGAACAAAUGCUCCAGAAGUAUUGUUAUGUUGAAGCUAAACUUCAAAGUAUAAACAAAAUAUUACCAAAUGUCGCUUUAAUUCGUUCAGAAGGUGAAAAUUUUCGUGAUACAAUUGAAAAAACAAAUAGGUUAGCAGAAACAGUUAGUGCUAAAGUGAGAAAAUUGGAUUUAGCGAGGAGCCGAGUAUGUGAGUGUCAAAGUCGAGUGCACGACAUUCUGGAUCUCCAGUUGUGUUCAGAAGGUGUAGCGACUGCGCUGAGAAAUGAAGAUUACGAGCAGGGAGCAGCUCACGUACGGAGAUAUUUAUCAAUGGAUCAAAAAAUCUUGGAACGAACAGCAGACGACGUGUCAGAAGAUCGUGUAACAAUUGCUGGAUCUCUAGCAACUCUACAGCAAGCUGCUCUCCAACUACGUACUGUUGUCACCCGGAAGUUCGACGAUGCCGUUAAGUCUGAAGACCUCGCAUCAGUAGAACGUUUCUUCAAGAUAUUUCCUCUCUUAGGAAUGCAAGACGAGGGGCUGGGUAAAUUUUGUCUCUACUUGUGUGCCAAACUCCAAGAAACAUCGCAAAAAAAUUUGCGUUCUGCUCUCGAAAUAAAAUCAAGUGAUGAAAGAGCUUCCGUUGUGUAUGCGGAUACAAUGACACUAUUAUUUGAAGGUAUUGCGCGCAUUAUUGAAAUUCAUCAGCCGAUUAUCGAAACUUAUUACGGUCCAGGAAAACUUCUGAAGACUGUAAGUAUUCUGCAGAAGGAGUGUGACCGUCAGAUAAAAAGAAUUUUUGCAGAGUUUAUGAAAAAUCGCAGUAUUUCUAAGAAAGUACAGUCAAUCAACGAGUACACGCGUAAACAAAUUGCUGAUAAAACAGAUCCUAAGACUCUAGACUUAUUGCUACAGGAGUUGACGCUGAUGCACACGAGGGCUGAACUGUACAUACGUUUUUUACGUCGAAGAAUCGUGAAUGAUUUGACUGUUGGUUCUUCAGAUGAAGAGCAGUGUAAGCACCAGAUAGACGAAUUCGAGUCGAUGAUUAAAAAUUCAGAGUUAUCACACGCAAUGCAGGAAGUACUGGGCGCUUAUCUUGCGCUCGAGAGAUAUUUCUUGGAGGAAAGUGUCAACAAGGCUUUGGGAAUGGACACACUGGACCAGGAUCAACAGACGUCGAGUAUGAUCGAUGAUGUAUUUUAUAUUGUAAAAAAAUGUGUAAGGCGCGCAAUAUCUAGCUGGAGUGUCGAUGGGGUUUGCGCUGUCGUCAACAUGGCAUGUGGGAUCUUGGAAGGUGAGUUCGCAAAUAGAUUGAAGUCACGGCUGCGUCAAGGAUAUCCAGCUGGUUAUCUGGAUUUAGCACAAGCUUACAGUGCACUGCAGACAAGUAUACAACAAGGUCGUCUUCAAACAUCAGACACUGAGUAUGCACGACUUAUGUUCUUAGCUUAUUUAAAUAACGCAGAUGUGAGUGUUGAAUACGUCGAGACACUAAGCAAGAGUCUUAGUGCAGAUAUUGACAGUUCGUUUCCACACAUGCAACAAAAAGACCGCGACAAAAUAGACAGCUGUUUAGCGGACAUGAAAGGUGUCAUCAAUACCUUGCGCGCGGUAAUUGAUUACGGAAUGGAACAAUUGAGAUCAAGUGCCGUAAAGCCAAGAAUAACUCCUUGGGUUGAUUCGUUUCUUUCAGUUAGCCAUCAAGUUAACGAAGAUGAAUUACUUAGAUAUGAAACAGACGAACCCUUUGUACAAACUCUGGUUAUGAAUCUUGAGGGUUUACUUGAAGCAUUCAAAAGUAGUUUAACAACAGCAAAUUAUGAUGCGUUGAUAGGGAUCCUCACUUCUGAAGUAACAAUAAGAUUGGAAAAAGUUGUGUUGAAGUCAACAUUCAAUAGGGCUGGAGGACUUAUUUUGGAUAAGGAAAUAAGAUCACUGGCUAGUUAUUUAGCCGCAGCAACUUCGUGGUCAGUGCGAGAUAAAUUUGCUCGGCUUACACAAAUAGCUACAAUAUUAAGUAUUGAAAAAGUUGAAGAGUUGGCUGAUUAUUGCGGUAGUGAUGCUAUUGCGUGGCGCUUAACUCCUGCUGAAGUUAGAAAAAUAGCAGCAUUAAGAACAGAUUUACGUCCUGAUGACAUUAAAAGGCUUAAAUUAUAAUUGUAAUAUAUAUAUAUAU